UAGAACAACAAGCAAGCAGCAAAAUCUCCCUCCCAAAAUCUCUCUUUCCUGUUUUGUCAAUCUCUCUCCCACAAAAAUCUCAUCUUUUAAGGUUCUCAUGGGUCUUCUUCUUCUUCGUCUUCAACAACAAUUCUACUCUCUACACUCUAAAAAAUCCAAUCUUUAAUGGAGAUUCAACGACCAGUCAUCAAGCUCAUGGUUCUCCACUCAAAACACGACAAAAGUGACAGCAUUUCCCGACGAGAACGAGAAUCUCUUGCCGGUAAAUCGAAAUGGAGAAUCUCACUGUCUCGAUCUUCUUCCUCUUCCUCCUCUUCUUCUUCAAAAUCCAACAAUUCACCGGCGAAAACAGAGAUUCCGGCGGAAUUUCUCUGUCCGAUCUCUGGUUCUUUAAUGGCCGACCCAAUCAUCGUCUCUUCCGGUCACUCCUACGAGCGAGCUUGCGUCAUCGCUUCCAAAACCCUAGGCUUUACUCCAAACCCUCUAUUCCCGAAUUCGCCGCCGGAUUUCUCCACCGUCAUACCGAAUCUCGCGCUGAAAUCCGCAAUUCUAAGCUGGUGUGAGCGACGGUGUUUUCCGCCGCCGAAGCCGCUCGACUACGCCGCCGCGGAAAAGCUCGUUUUCUCGUUAAUAGAGAAAACACACAGAUCGAGCCACCGGAAAGUUUCGGUUUCAGAGAAGGAGCUAAUCCAAGCGAUCAAAGACAAACCUUCGGUGAGACUAGACCACGCCGCGACGGAGCUUGACCGGAGACCUAACUACUUCAAUUCGAGCUCCGACGAGUCAAUAGCCUCCUCGAGCCGUACACUUCAGCUAGCGACUCGGCCUAGCUGCUUCUCUUCACCUUCCUCUGCAGAAAUCGAGUCUUUAGAACCAAACCCUAGCCCAGAAGAAGAGGCUCUUCUCGUAAAGCUAAAAAGCAAUCGAAUUUCGGAGAUCGAAGAAGCUUUGAUCUCGAUUCGACGCGUCACGAGAAUCGACGAAGCUUCUAGAAUCAGUCUCUGUACGGCGAGGCUAAUCUCAGCACUAAAGUCACUCAUCGUUUCGAGAUACGCGACGGUUCAGGUUAACGUCACGGCGGUUCUAGUGAACCUCUCGCUGGAGAAAUCUAACAAAGUGAAGAUCGUACGGUCAGGAAUCGUUCCUCCGUUGAUCGACGUUCUCAAAUGCGGCUCGUCGGAAGCGCAGGAACAUUCCGCCGGAGCGAUUUUCAGUUUAUCUCUCGAAGACGAGAACAAGACGGCGAUCGGAGUUCUCGGAGCUUUAGAGCCGUUGCUUCACCUGAUCCGAGUUGGGACUGAGUUGACUCGGCAUGACUCGGCUCUUGCUCUGUAUCAUCUCUCUCUAGUGCAGAGCAAUCGAGGGAAGCUCGUUAAGCUCGGAGCUGUUCAGAUUCUUCUAAACAUGGCGAAAUUAGGGAACACGACGACGAAUCGGGUUUUGCUGAUUCUCUGUAACAUGGCGUCGUGUCCGGUGAGUCGACCCGCUUUGCUUGACUCGGGAGGUGUUGAAUGUAUGGUUGGGAUUUUGAGAGGAGAUAGAGAGGUUAGCGAGUCGACUCGGGAGAGCUGUGUUGCGGUUUUGUAUGGACUGAGUCACGACGGAGGAUUGAGGUUUAAAGGUUUGGCUAUGGCGGCGAACGCGGUGGAGGAGCUGACGAAAGUGGAGAGGAGUGGGAGAGAGAGAGCGAAGCAGAAGGCGAGAAGAGUUUUGGAAGUGAUGAGAGCUAAAUUGGAAGAUGAUUCUUCGCCGGAGAAUGAGGAAGUUGAUUGGGAAGAGUUGUUAAACUCCGGUAGUGUAAGUCGAAGCCAGUAUCGACUCGGUGGUGGAGACGGUGUUAACUCGUCCGAGUUUUGACGUGUCUUUUUUAGCUCGUAAUUUCUUUGCUUUUUAUUUUAUUUUGAUUUUUAAUUUUAAUUGUGGAUUUGGAACUUUUUACUUUUUCUUCUUUUUUUUUAAAGUUCUAAAUUAUAGGGUUGGGGGUUGUAAUUGGUUGGGAGAUGAGAUUUUUUUUUUUUCUUUUGCGAAUUUUAUGGUUGAGUGGAGAAUUCUUGUAUUUUCUGGCAAUUUGGUUGGGUGGCACUUUUUUUUUGUUGUUGAUCCCAUCCUUAUUUUUCGUAUUAUCUUUUGCUUUGUUUGUUUUAUAUUUAGAAAAGGAACAAUGAAAAAAAGUUGUAAAGGGAGGACUUUUAUUUCCUUUGAGGUGGAAAUGAUUCCCCA